CCAGCCCCGAUGUGCGGGCAGCGGCGGCGGGCCGCGGCCCCGCUCCGCCCCGGCUCUGCCCCGCGCCUGGCUGCUGCGCGGCUCUGAGGAGGAGGAAGGAGAGGAGGAAGGUGGUCGCUGCCGCCGCCGCUCCGGCAUGAGCGCGGCUUUCCAGCCCUCGCUGAUGAUGAUGCAGCGCCCGCUGGGAAGCAGCACGGCCUUCAGCAUCGAUUCGCUCAUCGGCAGUCCCCCGCCGCCAGCUCCUGGCCACUUCGUCUACACUGGCUACCCCAUGUUCAUGCCCUACCGGCCUGUGGUCCUUCCGCCGCCUCCCCCGCCGCCCCCGGCACUCCCGCAGGCCGCCCUGCAACCGGCUCUGCCUCCCGCGCAUCCCCACCAUCACCAGCUCCCCAGCUUGCCCACAGGCUUCUGCUCCAGUCUGGCUCAGGGCAUGGCCCUCACCUCCACGCUCAUGGCCACGCUGCCUGGCACCUUCCCCGCCUCCCCUCAGCACCAAGAGGCCGCCAGGAAGUUCGCAGCCCCGGGGAACUUCGAGAAAGCCGAGGGGAUACCCUCAGACGGCGGCGGGGACGAUGGCAAAGCCUUCCUGGGGAAGGACGGAGCUCUCCUGCCCUUCCCUGCCGCCGACGCCGUCCAGGCCUCCCUCGCCGGGGCUCUGCGAGGCCAGGGAAAGGAGGACCCUAAAACAGAAGAGGAUGUGAAAGGCAAAGAGGAAAGUUUCUCCAUGGACAGCGAUCUAGACUACAGCUCGGACGACAACAUCCCUGGCCAGGCAGCUCACAAGGAAGAGGACUCUGGCAACGUGCUGGAGGAAAAUCCCCAAAACCCUCCCAAUUCCACCAACACCACAUCCACGGGCAAAAACCGGCGGAGGCGAACAGCCUUCACCAGCGAGCAGCUGCUGGAGCUGGAAAAGGAGUUUCACUGCAAAAAGUACCUGUCCCUGACAGAAAGGUCCCAGAUCGCUCACGCCCUCAAACUCAGCGAGGUGCAGGUGAAAAUCUGGUUCCAGAACAGACGGGCUAAAUGGAAACGGGUCAAGGCGGGCAACGCCAAUUCCAAGACAGGGGAGCCCUCCCGAAACCCUAAGAUUGUGGUCCCCAUCCCGGUGCAUGUCAGCAGGUUUGCUAUCAGGAGUCAGCAUCAGCAGCUGGAGCAAGCUCGACCCUGAUCUCUCACGAUCCUCAGAACCACAAUGGUUUGAAGGAAAAGUUUCCAAAUCAGGGUUUAAAAGCGACCAACCCGAAAAAAUAAACAACGGAAGGGGGAAAAAAAAUCCAGAAGCAGAAUACCCCCAGACCAAGUAAGAGCCAACAAGAAGAAAUUCCACACGAGAGAAAUCCCCACCACGAGUGAACUUUAAAGUGAAACUUUCCACUUACCGAGUCAAGCGAGAGUCUGCGAAAGGAAGAGACUUGGAAAACUGUUUUGGUUUGGAGCAGGGGUAUCAAACCCUGGAAGAGACACACAGAUAUUUAUUAUUACACUGCCCUGCUUUGUACAUACUGGUGCUGCCUCGACUGCGCUGGGGACCGCAGAUGCGGUACGGUGUCGACGCUGGAUCCAGCAGCGAUUUGCCCGUUGUCCCCCCCCACCCCAGUCGCCGCAGAGACAUCUUCAGUGAAUGAAACCCACAGCGCGCCUUUAGCCACCUUUGGGGUUUUCUUAGCAGGGGCAAAAGGUAAAAAAAAAAAAAAAAGACGAGAGAACAAAAACGAAAGAAAAUUAAGAGUUUCAUUUCAUGCCUUUUUUUUUUAAUUGUUUGGUUUUAUUUCCAAUGGCUGAGCGGCAGGCACUGGGGGACGAUUUUUUUAAAUAUAUUUUUGCCUGGCUUUCUGUUGAUUUGGUUUGCCUAUUCUACCAAGCCAUGUUUAAA